UGUACAAUUCAGUUUGCGUUUGGCAAUCGGGCGGAGCAGACAAGUUUCAAUUUACAUUGCGGCAUUUCGCCAGUCAGUUGACUACAAAUAAUUAGAAAGCGAAAAAAAAUAUAAAAACACAAUUGCUUGUAGAAGAAGUGCAGUGAAAUUGUUGUUGUUAUAUACAAUAAGGAGCUAAAUUUGCAUAAAACUAAAAGGAAUACACAACCGUUGUGAUUUAAAGUGAAGAUAUAACUGAUGUGCGCCUGACAGGCGUUUAGAUAACACAUUCAGAGUGAUAAAGUCUCAACUAUUUUUUGAGUUUACCACAAGUCUACAAUUCCAUUCGAAACUAAGCAAUGGGUUUAAAUUUAAAGACCGCUUUAGUGGUCUGUUUGGCGCUGCUUAAUUUACCCUUGGGAAUACACAGUCAAGAUGAUUCUUUGGCGGGAAGUUUUCUAUCGGGUCUCUUGGACACCAUUACAAGCACAGCCGAUUCGAAGGAUUGUCCCGGCGUUUGCGUACACACGUUAGCCACACUCAUCUGUUACGAAGUGCUCGAUGAUAUACCUUGUCCAUCGCCUAGUAUGAAGUGUUGUAUUGAAAGUGCACAGGGUAAAAACGUCACUUUGGCUCAUGCCACGACCAGUACCACAACGACAACAACCACAACCACUAGUACAACAAAGCGUCCAACAACUACAACAACUAAAGUGACAACCACAACGACGGCGAAACCGAAGACCACUUCGAAGCGACCCACGACAACCACAACUACAACGACUACCACUAAAAAGACCACAACAACCAAGAAACCAACGACAACCAGCACUUUGGCGCCCAAGAAGGGUACCGAGAAAGAUGCAGGCAGUGCUGAUGGCGGAAAAGUUCAAAACUGUACGGGUGUUUGUGUGGCCGACCGCAUUGCUGAAUACUGUGAGGCCUAUUUGACGACUAACGGCCUCUGUACUUCGGGCACGAAGUGUUGCGUCUCGCUGAACGAUUACGCGAAUGCCAAGCUGCCGAAGGAUAUCUAUGUGCCAGCCAAACAUAUGACGAAUCUGAGUAAUAUGCAACACAAAAACAAAACAAGCUCUGUAGUUAAGCAAACAACAACAAAGACAACAACUUCGGCUGCGACAACAACAAGCACGACAAGCACUACCGCCGAACCGGCGCGCACCAAAAUCAGUAACAAUGUGAAUGCCAACAAACCAGUGAAGCACAAGAAGGCGCCAACCACCACAACCACCACUGAAGAUCCGGCCGAUGAAGAGCAAGAAGUGGAGGAAGACGAUGCGGAGACGCAAGACGACGCCAACAACGAUGCCAAUGAUAAAGCUGAGAACCCAAAUGGUCAAACGCUGAAGGAGUGCGAGGGUGAAUGCAUGAAUGGCAUAUUCGCCAUUUUCUGUGAUGACAUCGACUCGGAGGCCUUCUGUCCUGGUGAGGGUAGCUGUUGUGUUACUGGUGUGGCCUCAGAAGCCCCACCAGCACAACCAGCCACCAAGGUGACACCAACCAAACCGGCAACGAAAAUUGCAAAGCCACAGCCACAACGGCCGGCAGCGAAGCCAGCACUGCCGCUACAAACUAUGGCACCAUUAUUACAAGCUGUCGGCGGCGGCGGCAAUGACUUCUUCUCACAAAUACUUUCAUUCGCCGAGAAUACAUUAGGUGGUACCGGUAGUCAGCCAGAACCAGCGACACCGCCACCAGUGCAACGUUGUCCCGGCUUUUGCUUACUGAAUAUAAUGGCUGCUUUCUGCGAGCGUCCAUCGGUACUCAUCAAUACACCAACAACGUGCGCCAAGGGCUCAGUGUGUUGUGAUAACAGCGCUUCGCCACCAAAGCCGCCACCACAGAAUAGGCGCCCACCUACGCCACCACCAACCUCAGUUGCUACGGCCCCUUAUGUUGUACCCAGCACACCAUUACCCGAUCCGCGUGAAGAAUGUCCGGGAUCCUGCAUUGUACCAUUACUCAGCUUCACAUGCUUUAAAAACGCCGAGAUGAGCGAUCUAUUCAAGUGCAAACGUUCCGGCCAGAUUUGCUGCGCUCCCAAGAGUCGCAUACUCGAGAAACAACAGUUCCAGACACGCAACGACACACUCUACGCAAACUAUCCACCACCGCCACCAAUGGCUGGCAUACCACAACCCUACCCACCGCAACCAUCAUAUCCCCAGCCACCACCACCACCGCAUUACAUGGUGACACAACCGCCACAGCCACAUCAUCACUACCCACCACCGCCGCCACCACAAAUAUUGCAACAGCAACACCAACCACAACAACAACAACAACCCACAUAUGAUUACUCUCACUAUGGCGCCGCCUUGAUGCCUCAACAGCAGUCGCAUCUGCCACCACCACCGCCACCAGCACCGGCACUACCACCCACCACAACAACGACCACUACCACAACCACCACCACAACACCGCGUCCCCAUGUCUACUCGAAAUACGUUUGCGGCGUCAAAGGCACGCUACGCAGUGGUCGUUCGCGUUCAUCACCGGCGCUCUCGUUGGUCUCCUACGCACGCGCUAUGUAUGGUGUACAGCGUUCAUCGCGACAGCUAGGCCAGGUGUAUACGCCACAAUUGCAAUUGAACAAAUCCAAUGAACGCCUCGUAUUAGGAUCAGCGAUAGUGCCCAUUCAAAUACACAAUGAUCUGAUACCGACCGAUGAGUGGCCGGAUGCGAACCAGCUGCGUUCAUACCACGAGCAUGAGUCGAUUUCGGCGGCAGCUGUACAAAGCCGUUACCGCCAUUCGGUGGUCGGUGAGCCAGUCUAUGCGAUGAAUUACAAUGUCUCGAGGCGGCGUGCGCGUGUUGUUGGCGGUGAGGAUGGCGACAAUGGCGAGUGGUGUUGGCAAGUGGCGCUGAUCAACUCGCUGAAUCAGUAUUUGUGUGGAGCCGCUCUGAUCGGUACGCAGUGGGUACUGACGGCGGCACAUUGUGUGACAAAUAUCGUGCGCUCUGGUGACGCCAUUUACGUCCGAGUUGGCGAUUACGAUCUGACACGCAAAUACGGUAGUCCCGGCGCACAGACCUUACGUGUAGCCACCACAUACAUACAUCAUAAUCACAACAGUCAAACGCUGGAUAACGAUAUAGCGCUACUGAAAUUACACGGACAAGCAGAACUGCGAGAUGGCGUAUGCUUGGUCUGCCUACCAGCACGUGGCGUCAAUCAUGCUGCCGGUAAACGUUGUACAGUCACUGGUUACGGUUACAUGGGUGAAGCCGGUCCGAUUCCACUGCGCGUACGUGAAGCUGAGAUACCAAUCGUAAGCGAUGCCGAAUGCAUACGCAAGGUGAAUGCGGUCACCGAGAAGAUAUUCAUACUACCCGCCUCGAGCUUCUGUGCCGGCGGUGAGGAGGGCAACGAUGCCUGUCAAGGUGACGGCGGCGGUCCACUCGUUUGCCAAGAUGAUGGUUUCUUUGAACUCGCGGGUCUGGUGUCAUGGGGCUUCGGCUGCGGCCGCGUAGAUGUGCCGGGUGUUUAUGUGAAAGUCUCCUCCUUCAUCGGCUGGAUCAAUCAAAUCAUUAGCGUUAAUAAUUUAUAGUCACAGCAAGUGGGCAAUAGAACAAAGAGUUGGCGCAAAAUAUGAAAUUUAAAACAUGAAAUUUAGACAAUAAAUAGAAAUUAAUUUAAUAUUUAUUUUAUAGUGGAUGUAUGAGUAGCGCGAACCCACACACUUGUAGACCGCUCUCCGCGGUGCGGUUCGAGUGCUCUACGAAUGUGUGGUUCAUUUAAGUUUAAAAUGGCACACAUAUUUUCGACUGUUGAUCCUUCAAAUAUUUUCUGAAAUAGUGAAUUAUGUAAUACUUAUGUAUUUCUACAUAUAUAUACAUACAUACAAACAUACAUACAUAUAUAUAUUUAGGUUUACAAUUUAGAUUAAGUCACAUGAACUGUUUACUAUUAUAAUUAUUGAAUGCUCCGAAUACACAAACUACUUAUGUACUAAACUGUGUAUUAUGUAUGAACAAAUUUCAAAAAUUUAACUGCGAAGCAACGAUAUUAGUCUUACAAACAUUCCCAUUUAUCCAUACAUACAUAUGUAUGUUUAAUACAAUUUGUACAUAAUUUAAGCCAAUUUUAUC